AUGGAAGAAUUCGACCCUGUGCAGCACUGUGAAAAACUGCUGAAAAAUCAUGAAAUUAUUAAUCUCACAAGCUUAGAAGGCGCUUUAAAUCGAGUUAAAACAGAGCUAGAAAAAGAAAGAGACACAGCAAUUGAAGAGAUUGAAAAAAUCCAAAAUGAAUUGAAAGGAAAAGGAGGGAUGAAUCUCCAUACAAGUUUAGUGGAGAGGCAUAAUAAAGCUCAGAAAGGAUUAGAUUUAGCAGGAGUUAUGGUAAAAGAUUUAAACCAAGGCUAUGCGAUUACUAAUAAACUAAUUGAAGAAAAAGAUAAGCAUCGAAAAAAUGCAAUCCUUAUUUAUGAGCUUGUAAAUGAACUUUUACAUCUAAACAAGUAAAAAAUAUACAGCAAUGAGUCAGAUAUCUGCCUAUCCCCUCAGCAUUGCAUUUUACUGAAGCAUUCUCUUGAUUCUUUAGAUCUUACAGAAUUCGCUAUAGUAAUUUUUAUUUAGGCCCAGCAAAUUAUCGCGAGUAAAUUUUUAUAGAAAAUUCCUGGGGAUAGCGCGGAAUACGCUAUCCCCAGACCAACCGGGAUCGGAUCCCACAUGGAACGAGGGUUCCAUGUGUGGAUCCAUUUUUGACACGUGAAAGUAAAUAUCUCACAUGUCAAAAAUGGAUCCACACAUGGAACCCCCGUUCCAUGUGUGGAUCCGAUCCCGGUUGGUCCUGGGGAUAGCGUAUUCCGCGCUAUCCCCAGGAUUUAGUAUAUCUCAAAAAGCUGAAUUAAUUGAAAAAUUCCGCAUUGGAUAUGAAAAAAAAGAAAUUGAUAUCAUGAAAGACGCUUAUAAUUUAUUAUAAUAUUUAUGAUAAAUAGCUUACUGUGGCUGGCAAGCCAUAUUAUUUUUUGAAAUAAUUUAAUUUGGCUAACCAAAAAAUGAUAUUCUUCAGAAAAUUGUAUAGCAGAUUUCAAUGGGCAAAACGAGUGUCUUCAAUUUUAUAUCUCAAAAAUCACAGAAACUGUCGGAAUGUAAAAAUCAUUUAGAAGAGACAAAAAAACGAGUUUUGAUCUUUUUGAAAGCCAAAUGGAGGCAGCUUUAAGAGAAGCUGAAAGUGUUUUUUCGAGAGAAAUUAUUAGCAAUCAUCCUAAACUCUCUGCAAUUUUUGGAGACACAGAACCAGUAGUUACUUUAUUAUUACUCCCCCCCCCCUCCGUGAGCGAACAAAAAAAUUUUGUUCGCUCACGGAGGGGGGGUUAAUUUUUUUUUUUUAAAAAAAAAUUAUAUAUAAAUUUUAUAAAAAAUAUUUUUUUCGAAAUUUAAAAAAAUCCUAAUUUGCAAAAAUUGGGAAGCAAAUAUUAAUUUAAUUUGCAAAAUUUAUGUUUUAAAACGCAAUUUGUUUAAAAUUAAACAGAAUUAGCUCUAGAUUUCAUUAUACUAAUUAUCACUUAUAUAUCCAAAUUUUUUUCCAUUAAAAUUUUUUCUAUUAAAAAAAUUUUGUUGUUCACUCACGGAGGGUGGGUUUUUGGUCAAAAAAUGGCGAUUUUUCUAAUGGUUUUGUUCGCUCACGGAGGGGGGGGGGGGAGUUAGCAGAAAUAAUAGAGCUUAAGCUGAAGCCUUUUGUCCAUAAUAUGCUAGAUUCUGACAAUAUCACAACCUUAAGAUACUUACUCCCCCUCCGUGAGUGAAUAAAAAAAUUUUGUUCACUCACGGAGGGGGGUUAAUUUUUUUUUUCAAAAAAUUUAUAUAUAAAUUUUCUAAAAUAUUGUUUUUUUGAAAUUUAAAAAAAUCCUAAUUUGCAAAAAUUUGAAAGCAAAUAUUAAUUUAAUUUAUAAAAUUUAUGUUUUAAAGAGCAAUUCAUUUAAAAUUAAACAGAAUUAGCUCUAGAUUUCAUUAUAUUAAUUAUCAUUUAUAUAUCAAAAUUUUUUUCCAUAAAAAAUUUUUGUAUUAAAAAAAUUUUUGUUCACUCACGGAGGGUGGGUUUUUGGGCAAAAAAUAGGGAUUUUUUCUAAUGGUUUUGUUCACUCACGGAGGGGGGGGGAGUUAGAAUACCUAUCUUACUCCCAUUCCCACAUCCACGAAAUGUUUGAAAGAAUAAAAACAGACACCCAUCAGCUGAAUAUCCAAAUUUCUUCUACCUUAGACCAUCUUUUUAACAACAUUUUUGGUCCUUUUUUAUCAAAUUAUUUUACAGUUGAAUUUAAAACAGUUAAAAGCUCAUUAGACACCACCUAUAAUUUUGUAAUUGAGCCAGUUGCAAAUAAAGGGAUCAGGAUAAUUGUAGAUAUGAAGCAAAUAAUUUCUCCUGAUGAAGAGGUCAGAAAAACAAUAGACGCCUGCUUAGAUUCUGUUGGGAGAGUAAAAAAUAGUGAUAUUAUAACUGUAAUAAGAAAAGCCAUGAUUAGAUGCAAAGAUUUAUCUCAGCCUUCAGAAGUCCAUGCAAACUGUGGACAGCUAGUUACUAUAGGACUAGAUACUGCUUAUACUUCAUUAUUUCCUUAUUUGAUAAAUAAAAUUAUCACUAUUAUGAAUUUAGAAGGAAAUAAACAAAAAUAUUUAUCAAAUAUUUUUUGCUUAUUGUCGGAAAUAUGAAAAAUUGCGACUGAGUUCAAUAAAGCUUUUUUGAAGCAGCUGAUAAACACUUUGCAAGACCCGGAAAAAGAACAUUGUGAUGGGCUGAGGAAAAGGUUAAGUGUAAGUAUAGAGCAAAAUUUAAUGAAGGGUUUAAAUAAAUGCAUAAAUCAAAUUAUUACAGAAUGUGAAAAAAUUUUGACGAAUGAACAAAAAAAACAAGAUUAUACAUAGAAGCAGGUUUUGCUUUGGCUGAAUUUUUUUUUUAUUAUUUUCUAACUUCAUUUUUUAAACAUAAAUAAUUAUGGCAGGCUGUUUAAUUAGGAAUUAUAAGUUUGUCAGUAUAAUUAGUUGAUUAAAUUUCUGAUCGGCUCCCACGAGCCAAAGAUGGAUUUCACUCGUGAAAAUCCAGAAAUUCCACGUGGAAACCCAUUUUUGGCUCGUGGGAGCCGACCAGAAAUUAAGCCAAAAAUAUUAUAGCAUAAAAAAGAUAUUUCAAGGCCAAGCUACAGCUAUGCUUGCAGUAUAUUUAAAAAAUGAAAAAUACACAGACAAUACUCAAGCUUGUAGCGCUGUAUAUGAGUUUUUAUCACAGCAUAUUGGAAUAAUAAAAGCUUCUCUCCCACCCGCCCAAUCAUCUAAAUUAUUAAGCAAUCUCGGCACAAAAUUCAUCGCAAUCGUGGUAGAGCAUUUAAGUAAGUUUACAAUUUCCCAAGAAAAAGCCUUGCUUUUAUCAAGUGAUAUGAAUAAAUAUCGAAAUUUAGUGCUUUUGUGUGAAAAUGAUAAAGCUGUUUUGGAUUUUGAAAAAUUUCGGCAAAUGAUGAAUUUAUUUAUGCUUCCGCCUAAUUCUUUAGCUGAUUUAAUCCAUGCAGAGCCUAUAGCAUCAAUUGAUCGUACAAUAUUAGCAGAAUUCAUAAGCCAUAGAGAAGAUUUCAAAACUGCUAGAGUUUCUAAAUAUCUUCCUUCAAUCUAGAAUUAUUAAAAUGGCGUGAUCUGACGUGGACUCCUGACAACCCGUGAGUUGAUCCGGGGGAGGAAAGGCGAGCCACAUGGCGAUAGUUCUCUGGGGUAGGUUUUUGGUCUAAGGGACAACCUUAGAUCUUUUUUCUUACCUGCAAAAGUCCCUACCGGCGCAAAGACCCGAUUCCACUCCAUGGGAGCAAUUCUUGAGCCUGCAAUAAGGCUCUGACAGUCAUGGAGAAGGCAAAAGACGAUUCACCCAUACUCUGAGCCCUGUCAGAGAUUAAGGGAGUCUUCUGCUGAACUUUGGGUCCAAGAAAGGCUUAGGCCGAUCGGUAGGGUUUUCUCCCCGAUAGACCUCUGGCGUCACGAUUUUUUUGGGGACGUCAGUGGGGAAAAAAAGGUGGUGUGAGGAUAGCGCUUAGCGCCAACGCGAAGCUAUCCGUUGGACGGAGAGGGGCUGAAAUAAACCCUGACGACCCGCUAUAAUUUUUAAUCUAAUCUAAUCUAAUCCUUCAAAUCUUUCCACAAGGCUAUAUUCAAUAA